UGCAGGGCAGUAAGAAAAAUGUGACCACUUCCAUGAUACUAAACCUGCUACCUUCUAACUCUCAUCAAUGUGAAAAAGGUUGCAUCUGUCUUUCUUUUUAUGUUUCAUAAAAAAUUAAUGAUUGUCACUUUCACUUCUCUUUCGCCACUUCUUUUUUCUGUUUAUUUUUUCUUUUUCGUACUAACUCAUCUCAUCUUCAUAUAAGGGCAAUUUUUUUUUUCUUUUCCUUUUUCUUUUUCUUUCCCUUCUUUUUCUGUAUAUAAUAAGCAUCAACUACCCAUUUACCCUUCCUAUUUUCCUACUCCUCCUCCAAUUUAAUUCUGGUUCUUGUUCUCUUUCAAACAACAAAUUUCACCAUUUUAACCAGCAGCAUUCCAGAACCGCUCCUUUCUCAGGUGCGUAGAAGACUUUGGAAAAGAAAAUGGACAGCUAUUCUGUGGAGAGUGUGGAGAGUUUUGAUGCGGGCAGUUCUGAUGCCAAUAAAUCCGAGUUCGUAGAAGACUUUGAAACGAAAAUGGGCAGCUAUCAUGCAGAGAGUUUUGACGCAGGUAGUUACGAUGCCAACAAAUACACAGACUUCCUGAAAAAAUUACGUGGGACAUUGAAAAGUAGUGCGAGCCAUUCGAUACCAGUGUUGCCUACCAAAUUGUCCGUCACUAGUAGCAAAAGGUUUGUUCUGCUGAUACUCAAAAGCUCAAAAUCCACCAUCACAAUAGCAUUAGAUGUCAUCAAUGCUUAUGUUCUUGGUUUCCAAGUUGGAAAAAAAUCCUACUUCUUUAAAGAUAUUGCUGAGGAUAUAUAUGAAUCUAAACUUUUCAACGGGACAACAAAAGCCAGACUUCCAUAUGGGGGUAGCUACCAAGAUCUGUUCAAUGCCGGAGCAAAUAGAGAGAAAGUGCCAUUGGGAAUCUCACAGUUAAACAAUGCCAUCUUUCAACUGAUUAAGUACGUUUCCUCUCCUUCAACCACUGAUAUCGCCUCUAAUCUUCUGGUUGUCAUUCAAAUGAUUUCAGAAGCUGCACGAUUUAAAUAUAUCGAGAAAAAAUUGGUUGAAAAAUUUAAUGAAGACCUUUAUCCUAAAGGUGACUUACUCAGCCUUGAGAACAAUUGGGGUGCCCUUUCCAUUGCCAUUCAGACAGCUAAACGCGAAAAAUUUUCUACCAAAAUAGCAUUGCAAGAUGAAAAUUAUAAAACGUACAAUGUAUCCACUGUUGCAGAAGUACAACCUAUGAUGGGACUCUUGCUUGCCAAGGAAUCAAUUCGUGGAGAACCAAUGUUUUGGCCAAACAAUGAAGACUUCAUCCAGCUGCUGUCAAUGUUGGAUUAAUUACUUGUGUUGUGUGAUAAUCGCAGUAUUUCAAUAAAGGACAUCAAAUUAUUGUUGUCCAAAUAGUAACUGCAUAAUAUUGUGUUGUGUGUAUUAUUUCUUGUUGGUCUUUACUCUCUUGAUAUUUGGUGGUUGUAAUCUGUCUUUCUCCAGGGCUUUUCACUUAGCUUGAAUUUGGUCGGGUAUUAUGGGCGGAUCUUUACUGGUCCUUGGAUUUAGUUCGGCACAUACAAGUUAUGUUUUUCCUGGAUUGUUCUAAUAAUAAAAGAAAGUAUAUUUAUCAAAAAAAAAAAAAAGUUUAUUUCUGUGUUA